AUGGAUUAAAUUAAAGUAAAGCAUUCACCUGUUAAUCAAUUGUAAAUAUCAGAUAAAGAAGUAUCAGUAACUUAUAAUUAAAGUUUCCACUUUCUUUGUAAAUAAUUAAUGAUACUGUAUUAAUGGCUAUGACUGAUUUUUCAUUGAAAUGGAUUGAUUUAAAUACAUAAUAAGUUAUUUGGGAACAAAAGAAUCAUCAUUAAAAAAGAAUAUAGCAAUUAAUAGUUGAAAACAAUAUAGCAUUCACUUGCUCAAAUGAUAGAACAAUUAAAGUAUUUGAUUUACAAUCUAAAUAAUAAAUUCAUUAAUUUAAGAACGAAAAAGAAUUUUAUUCAAUUGCUAAAUCUAAACAUAUUUUAGCAGGUGGAAAUGAUGGAAGAAUUGAUUUUUAUGAUCUAAAUGUUAUGAAAUGGAGAUCUAGAUUUGAUUCAUCUUAAAAUGAAGAAUUAUCUUCAUUGAAUUUUCAUCCUUAAGUUUAAACAUAACUUUUAUCAUGUUCAACAGAUGGUUUAUUAGUUUCAUAUGAUUUGACUUAAUAAAAUGAAGAAGAAUCAUUAUAAAUGAUGAUUAGAUUUGAUUAACCUUUAAAUUCUUGUGGAUAUUGGAAUAAUUUAUGUUAUUGUGUUACAACCACAAAUUAAAUUACAAUAUUAGACUAAUAAAAUGAUUAAAAACUCUAUUAAUUCUAAGCUAUUAAAAAUGUAAUAUUUAUUAAUAAAUGAUAGGAUGAAUUUCAUGAAGAUUACUUAAUUGAUGUUAUGGCUGAUAAUGAAUUUAAAUAUUUUAUCUGUAAUGGAAAGGAAAUAUAUUAAAAAAAUGAAAAAUAAUAGAUAGUUGCAUUAUAUGGAACCAAUUCUACUGAAUAAAUUAGACAUAUUAAAUAAUUAAAAGAUUACUAUUUAUUAUUCAGUGAAAAUGGAUUACUUGAAAUUUUGAAACCACAACCAUAUGUUUACUAACCUUAAUCAAUAGAAUAAGAAGCAUUAGAUUUAAUUGAAGAAGAAGACAACAAUAAAAAACAAAAAAAAAGAGGAUGA